AUGAACAACAAGGAGCAGCACCAAUGGGGCAAAUACUACUAUCAGGGAUUGCGGAAAAACAGGAAUUGGGCCCUCGAGGUUCUGCACAACCUGAAAUCCGAGAUCCCGACUUUCCAGGAGAUUUUUGAUCAGGAGACUUUCUACAUGUUCGCCUUCCUCGUCGUCGUCGGCACCAUACUUUUUGUGAUAUUCUUGGCGAAAGUGGUGGGGGUAAAGAUCAAGGAACAUCCGCUCGAGGUGAAUCGAGACUGGGGGGAGCCCGUGCCAGCCCAUUUCUUCACAUUCCCCUGGCAGGAGGCCAAGAAUCGAAAGGAGCAAGAGGAGACCCGAAAAGCCAAGAAAACCAAGGCAGAA